AUGACUCCCACAGCAGCAGACGCCAGGCAAUGGGGCACUGGAAACUUCGUCACCCAGGCGCACGGCGCCCUGUGUGGAGCUCUGAGCCCUCGGGAGGACACGGACCACCAAAAAGCAGCCUCCCUUACCCGGGUCACGGUGUCCACUCCCUGGGAGCGCAGUGUCUCCUUUGCAGGGCACAAGGUGCUCUCCACAGGGCACAGCCUCCCCUAUGUGGGUCCCCCUCUGGACCAGAGGACACAGGAUGCACUCUCUGGACGCAGCCUCUCCCCUGCCAAGCACAUGGUCCCUUCUGCAGGACACAGGGUCCCCAUCCCCGGACGAAGCUUCAGAAGGGUCCCCUCCGCGGGCACAGCCUCCUGUCCGGGAGGCGCACUCUCGGCUCACCGCGGCGCAGCGCAUCCCACGCGGACGCGGCGCCUCCAGGAGCGGACAAGCCGUCUUGGGCGCAGCCUCCUCCCGCAGCGCAGCGCAGCGCAUCCGAGAGGACGCGGCCCGCCCUCCCCGCACCGCCCGGGAUGCGCCAGCAACCCCGCAGCCCGCCGCGGGGACCCCGGGGCCGGGGUCUAUAGGGUCUGGGGUCGGUGGUCAGGUCCGCACCCGCCGGCGCUGCGCGGCCUCAGCCACCUGCCCCGCGCUUACAUAAACGCGGCCGCCCGCGUCCCCGCCGCCUUACCCUCAGGUCACGCUGCGCCCGCGGGCUGCCGGCGUCCGGCUCUCGGCGCAGCGGCGGGCUCCGCUGGCCCCGCGGCCCCGGCCAGGAGCCCCCCGUCGCCGCCGCCUUCAGCCUCAGCCACCUCAGCCUCAGCCGCUGCCUCAGCCUCUGCCUCAGCUUCAGCGCCGGCGGCUCCGCCCCCUCUGCUCGCCCCGCCCCAGCCGCCGCAGCCGCGCGCGCGCGCGCAUGCAGGGGUGGAGUCAGCGCCCGACGCCGACGUGCGCGCGCCGGUGCCUGGGGGUGUGGGGCGGGGCGGGGGCGGGGACGGGGCGGGGACGGGGCGGGGGCGGGGCGGGGGCGGGGCGGAACCGGUGUCCCAGCUUACCCACGGCAGGAACCGCGAGGGUUAG